AAAACAUUACACACGAUUAAUAUUAUUUUUUCCUCGCGGAAACUUUUAUACACUUAUUUAGGUAUAUUAGAUUUUUGUUUCAUAUACGGUUUUUUUUUCUAUUUGUUAUCUUAUACUUAAACACACACCCUUAAUACCUAACACGCCAACGAUCGACGACCGUUUCACGUAAUACGUCGACACAAUAUUACGACACGAGCGAAGACUACCGUCUCGUUAUUAUCGCCUUAAUAUCAAGUUGAAGACUUUCUUCAAAUUUAAAUAUUUUUUUCGCCCAAACGGCCGGACCGAGGUCUGUCCCGAUCUGGUUACUACAUCGCCGCAUUUACAGGAAGUCAGGUACAGCCACGACCGCUCAGCAGCAGAGCAGCCGCCGCGACAGUAACACUCCGGCAGUCGGCACCAGUAGUAGCAGAGCAGCCUGUAGUUCCCCCGCUGGACACACACUCGUCACCACCUUCGUGCGCGCGCGUCCAAUAACACUCGUCGCUCGCUCGCUCACACGCACAUAUGUACUUAUGACUUGCGUCGCUGACUGAUUUGUGUAUACACUGUCUCUCUUCCACACAUACACACACACACACAUAUUACGCACGAGUGGAUAAUAGUGAAGAAGCAAAAAAAAUCCACGCGAAAAUCCCGGUGUACAUAAUACACCACAACACCGCCGGUACACACGCACGCACGGGCGCUGCCGUAUUCGCGUAUACUUGAAGUCGUUGUCACGUCUCUUUACAUCAUCGCCAUCAUCAUCAAACAACGGCGACGACAACAUCAACAUCACAAACAAUAACAAUAUCGUCUACGCGGACAACUCGACAGUAGCUGUGACGACUAUGGACGAUCUUAAAGUUGAGGUGCUUUUAGAGAACGGCGCCUAUUACGAUGUGAGUAUUGUACUUUGGUAGUAGAGAAACGAAUAUGUACCGGAUUUGAUAGAUGAUACCACCGGCAGAUCGUUGGCUGCCGCACGUCGAAUUUUGUCUGGUAUGGCCCAUCGUAGUUCGUUCGCACCCACCCGUGUGCGAUUUAAUAGGUUAUGGUCGCGGACGCUGCCGGUUUUUCCCGUCACGUUUGCCAUUGUCGUGGCUAUCGCCGCGUGCAGAUCUCCUGAAACGCCCAUAUUUUUCCUCGGCCUGGGUCCUGAGUUAUUUUCUACUUCCGGAAAAAUGUUCUUGAAAAGAGGUUAUUUCAACGUUUUAACCUUUUUUUGUUUUUCAUUGAGGUCUUGUCCCCCUCAGCAUACCCGUUAUUAUAAUUGAUAUGAACGUAGGUAUUUACCUACUCUUAGGUACAUCAAAUUUUUCAUUCUAUUUUAAAUGGUGUUUUUCAUAAAUGAAAACACAAUUUGGUCAUAUCAAUUGACAUCACGUCAGAUUAAAUUGUUGACUGGUAUUAUUUGUUAUACGCUGCAACAUCCUUGGUGAUAGGUACUAUAUUUUAUAUUUGUAGAUUUUAUUAUUUUAACUUGACUUAGGCUAAUGUUGAGUUUUCUUUAUAUAUUCUGGAAGGUAAAUUAUGUUGAUUGUUUAGUUCACACAGUUGUUAUACAGUCUGGGGUAAUACUUGAUUUAGGUAUUAAAAUAUUGGCAUCUCAGUAAAAAUGUUGAAAUAGUGUUAAAUUGUAAUUUAUCUUACCAAAAUCCAGAAUAAAUAGAAUUUAACACAUUUAUUGUAACGUUGUUUGAACCUUACAAUUAAAACACGCGUGUUAAAUUGUUUACAGUGUAUACACAUACAAAGGUGUUUAAAUUAUUUUUAUAAUCGAGUUUAAAACCAAAUUAUUGUUUUGACUAAUUGGAUAGGUUUAUGAAAAUCUUAAUAUAGAUAGAUUGGUAGAUUUCAUUUUCUAUUAUAAUCUAUAGUCUUACCAUUUUUAUAUUAAUUCUAGAUGUUAUUUUUAUGAUUUAUAUUUUUAAUACAAACAUCUAUCUAGGUAUUCAUCAAUUUAAUAAUAUUUUAAGCAUUUAAAAACUUAGUUGUUUAUCUUAAGAAUUGGAUUUAUCAAAAACCAACUUUAGAAAUUUAGAACACUUAUUAUAUACAUACAUAAUAAUUUUGGUUUUUUCCUUUUAAGUACCAUAAUUAAAACUGCCAGCUUAGAUAUUUCAAUUUGAUAUUAAAUAAUGUUCAUGUACAUAUGAUACAUACCUUACAUUUAUACAUUUAAAUAUUUUUUUAUGUUUGAUUUAAUAUUCUAAAAAUAAACACAUAAAUAAUUAAGAAGGUCUAUGUUAUGACAUAAUAAUGUCAUAUUACUUUUUAUUCUUUAUAAAACCUUGUGAUUUUGUAAAAUUAAUGUAUGUAAUUACUAAUUAGGUUUGAUAUGAAAUAUUUAAAUAACAAUUUAUUUCAAAGCAAAAUAAUUUUUGAAAAUUAUACACUGGCUAUACCUAUAUAAUAUAUUAUUAUUUAGGUACCAUAAUAUAUUUUUAUUUAUCAUAUUAUGUUUGUAUAAGGUAUGAAUCAUGAGAUUUUUCCUCCAUUGUAUGAUAUUUUAAUUGGUUAAAUAUAGAUUUACACCUCGAUUUAUAUAAUUUGAUUAUUGCUAUAAUAGAAUUCAAAUAAAAUAUAAAUUUCUUCCACUACUAUUUAUUAAAAAUUAUUAUUCAUAACUUAAUUUUUAUCUUGUUAUCUUAUGGAAUAUCAAAUGAAAUAUACUUAGAAAUAUGUUUGGGUUAUAUUAGGUUAGGUUUUCAGAAAAAAUAACAAUAUUUGAAAAUAAUAUAGUUUUUUUUUCUUCCUGUUGGUAUUAUUAUUUAUUAUUAGGUUAAAGUCUUACAAUUUUGACUGAAUUCAAGCACAAAAUAAUUUUGGUGAAUUAUUGUUUUUUGAAUUGAUAAAAGAAAAUAUUAGUUGUUAAUUAAGUUUAAUCUAUUACAUAUAUAUAAAUUGUAUACGUUAAAUAUUAUAGUCAUUGGUAUUAUUGGCUAUGUGGUUAAUAGACAAAAAAAACAAGGUGUAAAUGCUUUCUAAAUCAAAUGUUUUUAAUUCAAUGCGUAUCACUUUACAUUUUUUUCUUGAUUAAAAUUAAUAAAUAAUCGUUUUGAUAAUAAUCAAUACUUAAUUAAUGAACCGCGAUCAUUUUUGUCUUGAGUUUCUAAAAUUAACAUUAAUUAAGAAGUUAAUGUUGUUUUUACUAUCUAUAAAUUUGGUUUAAAAGUACCUACCAUCCACAUUAUCAAUUUUUUUAGAAUAAAGGUAUCAUCUAAUUCUAUUUAUUCUAUUUAUAAUAUAAAGCCCACCUCAUGACUGCACACCUUUAAUAUUAUAUCUUUUUUCCAGUUUUCCAAUUUAUGUGGAAAAAUUAAAAAAAAUCACUUCCCUAAAAUACCUACAUAGUCCGAUUUCCUUUGAGAAAAAGUGCUAUCAUUAUAAAUCUGAGCAAUAUUGCUGGUGUAAAAAGAUUUUCCCAGAAAAAGAUUAAUAAACAUCAUUGUAAAACCAAUGAUUCCUUGCACCACCCAGAAUCUAAACCAUCUUAAAUGUCUUAUCUAUUUGUAUGUACAAAAAGAUAUCAUUCUUGAGUAAAAUUAAAAUGUAUCUACAAUAUACAUUUUGAAAUAAUUUAAUCAUGUGAUAUGACAGUGAUGAUAUACAUAUAUGAUAUAAUAUAUAGAUAUGGAACCAAUUUAAAUUUUGUACUUUUUAGGGUGUUGUUACGGGUGUCAUGGAAAAUGAAGUUUUGGUUUCCUUUCCUAAUGAGUAAGUAUUAUCCAAUAAUAUAUAAUACAAAAGUGAUAUAAUUUCUUGUAUUUGUAUCUAAUUUGUUUAUUUGGUUAAAUAUUUUAUUUCCUAUUGAUCACAAUACUGUACUUAACUGAUUAAUAAAAUGAUAAUACUUUUUUUUUUUUUUACCUACUUCUACAUUAUAAAAUAUUAUAGCCAUUUAAUUAAUUUUAUUAAUUAAGUUUUCAAUUUAAUUCAUAAGUCAAUAAAUGUAUAAUGUAUGCCCAUGAUUGUAUUUAGUAGGUACUUUUAUAACUUAUUUUACUAUAACUUGAAUUAUUUUUGUGACUAUCACUAUAUAAUGCUAAACAAAUCAAAGUACUAUUUAACUUAUAAUGUUUAUUAUGAAAAUCUUAAAAAUUAAACAAAACCUUUGUUAAGUAAUGGUAAUAUAAGUAUAUAAAACAAAUAUUUUUAAAAUAUUGAUUUCAUUCUUGUUAAUUUACUUAGGUAAUAUUAAUGUGUGUGACAAAAACCAAAUUGUUCGGGAGAGCCCAAAAACAAUAGUUUAUGUAUGGUUUAACCUUUUUUAAAUUUAUUUACCAUCUUUUCUUUUUUUUUUAAUUGAGCGUUUACAAAAACACUUAAAUAUCGAUACAGCAAAUUCUAUUUGUGAUAUCCAUACUAGAGUAUGCUCUAUCUGUACUCUGUUUAUCGAGAGAAUACACCACAAUACACUUAUUCUUAUUUAUUGAAAUCUGAAUAUUGCUGUCAGCAGUGACUACGCAAAACAAUCACACUGGAAUAGUAGUAGCAAUGUGCGAGAAUGGAUGAGUUUCGGUUAUCGCCCAGUUGUCUUCCCUCGAUGAACAGAGUAUGAAUAACAUCACAUACGCAAAAAUGAUGGAAAGUGCAUUUUGAGAAAAUGUUAUAAAUGAGCAUUUAUAAACUUUUAACAAUAUUUGUAAAAAUUUAGUUUUAUCUUGGUUAUUCUAAUUUAUUAUUUAAAAUAUUGACUUUUAUAACAUAGAACUCUUAAAUCACUAAACAAAUAACCAAUAAUACAUUUUCUUUUUUCUGUUAUGGGAAAUAUUUGUUCUUAAAAAAUAAUUAUAUUUGUUAUCAAUAAUAAACAGUUUUCAUAUUAAAUUCAUAAUCUUGUAUUAUUUUAUUUUAAUGUUAUUGAUAUUACUUUAUUUACUUAUUUUUAAAAGUUAAAUGUUUAUGGCAAUGAUAAAUCCUUACAAAUUUAUUAAUACAGAUUAAAAAAAAUGUUUCAAACUCUAGACUGCAGUUAAAUUUAUGUGUAAUGUUUGACGGAUAAUUUAAAAGAUAUUCUUAUUUGUUAAUACAUGUUGUAUUGAUCAUUGAAAUUGAAUCAAGAUUAAUUUUGCUUUGCUUACAAUAAAUGCCAAUAAUUGGUAUUUAUUGAAUCAGAGAUAAAAAAUACAAAUCUUAUACCCAUAUCAUCACAUUUAAAUAACACAAUAGUUCAUAUAAACUAUAUUUAACUUUUAUGAUUUUAGUUGGUAUCCAGAAACUAAAUUUAAUUGUACCAGCGUCCGUCUCCCUUUGUCUGAUGGCCAAAGUACAGAGUUUACUGAAAACCAAGAGAUUGAAGUAAAAGCAGUUAGAGACCCUCAUCCUUGCUAUGGAUGGCUUAAAGCAGUGAUAAAAAUUAUCACUACUCCACCAUCCCAGUUCGUUGUCCAAUAUCUUGAUUCACCAAUCACUGAAAUAGUCAAUGCAGAUCGAGUCAGAUGCAGGAAUACAAAUGCAAACAUAAAUGGUGAAACAUUUUAUAAAUUUGAUAUUGAAGUACCUGAAGAUGUUCGUGAAUCGUAUGUAUUUAAUUUUUUACUUCAAUAAUUGCUAUAAACAAACAAAAUAAUGUUGAAUGAUAACCAAGUUGUAUUAUUUUAGUGCUAAAAUCGAUGGUAUUCAUAAAGAUCUUCAAAAAGCAAUUGGUGCAUCUCUAGUCUUAUAUAAUUCUGAUCAGUCAGUGUUAAGUGUAAUAUCCCGUUCGCCACUGACCAGUAAACGGGCACAGAUGUUAGCUGACAUGCAUUUUAGAAACCUUAACCAAAAGGUCAUGUUGUUAAAGAAGACUGAAGAGUUAGCCAGACAACUGGAAAGUUCCAAGCUACAGAUAACAUCAUCAUCUUAUACAGAUGAAUUCAAAGUACGUGAUGAUCUUAUGGGUUUAGCCAUCGGUGCUCAUGGUGUUAACAUCCAACAAGCACGCAGGGUUGAUGGUAUUACAAAUAUUGAAUUAGAUGAACAUACAGGCAUCUUUAAAAUUUACGGAGAAGUGAGUUGAUUUUUAUAUGUAUUCAUUUUUUCAAAAAUAUAAUUGUAUUAUGUUUUAGAAUAAAGAAGCUGUAAUGAAGGCUCGAGGUAUUUUGGAGUACAGAGAAGAAUUUCUUCAAGUUCCAAGAGAUUUUAUUGGAAAAGUAAUAGGUAAAAAUGGCCGUAACAUACAAGAUAUUGUUGACAAAAGUGGCGUGGUAUGUUUAUUGUUUAUACUUAUGUAUUUAUAUCGAUAAUAAGAAUCAUAUAUUUUUAUUAUAGAUCAGAGUAAAAAUUGAAGGUGAUAAUGAGCCACAACCUACCAUUCCCCGUGAAGAGGGUCAAGUUCCUUUUGUUUUUGUCGGCACAGUAGAGAGCAUUUCUAAUGCUAAAGUUCUACUUGAAUAUCAUUUAGAGCACCUUAAAGUAUUGAUAUUAUUCAUAUAUAUCAUGCAUCUUUAAAUAUUUUUUUUACUCAUGAAUAUAUUUUAUAGGAACUCGAACAAAUCAGGCAAGAAAAAAUGGGAAUGGAACAAGAGUUACGUAGUAUUCAUAGUACUGGACCAUCUUUCCCACACCCAAUGAUUCCAAAUUAUACAAUGCAAAGGCGAAGUGAUCGGUAAUAUACUUUAAUUUAUUUUUAACACUAAAAUAAUGACUUCAUAAUUGGCAUAUUUACUACCUAAGAGUUUUUGUUUUCAUUACUACAUCUUACUAUAAAGAUGGUACGGUAUAUCUUGUAACUAUAACUAUCUGUAGUUUCUGAUGAAUAGUAUAGAAAAAACCUUGUAUGCCAGAUAAAUACAAAUAUUGUUCUUUAGUUUUCAUAUUUUAUUCAUCCCCUAAAAAACAUUGAAAUGGUGUUUCAUUUUAAAUUUCUGGUUAGCAUUAUUUAGUUGAUAUUUUUGAUACAUUCUAAAUAAUACCUAAUCUUUGAUAUUAAUUUAUUCUGUUUCUCAUUUAUGUUUUAAAGCCCAUCGCAUGAUACUAGUUAUUGUGCUAUCUUUACUGUGAUAGCUAGUAUACUAAUUUUUUUGUGAAUUAAAUGUGAUUAAAAAAAUGUUAGCAAGUAUACAAGUUUUGAUAAUAGAACAUACCCUAUUUUCCACAUUAGUUCCACCAUAAAAAUAUUGGGAACCAAUCAUAAUAUAUACAUUUUGUAAAUAUUUAUUACAAAGUUAUCAAAACUGUGUAUCAUUAUAUAUUAUAUAAACAUCAAAUAAUUAUAAAAAAAAUUUAAUAAUGCCACCAAAAAAUGGUCCUUGGUCCAUCCCAAUCAAUAGCUAUACUUAUUGGAAAUAAUUGCCAAAACAAUAAAUUGUCGUUCAUAUAACACAAUUAUCUGUAUAACAGCAAAUUCAUAAUAAAACUAAUUACUAUACUAUAAUACUACAAUAUACAGAAAUCAAUACCGUGGUAUACAGAAUAUAUUUUUGCUGUUUGUUUCUAGUACCUUUUAUAUUGUGUCUGAUACACUGUAUCAUCCAUUAUGGUAUGAAUAGAAUAGGUUCUAUUACACUAAAUUACAUGUAAUAUUUAAAACUAACUAUAACUAACUACUCUAUUCAGAAUAAGAGCAUACCUCCUGGCAGUGGACAAAAACUCUGAAUUCAACUUGUGAUAUUCCUUCUAGUUUCUUUAUAAAUAGAAAAACGGAAAAAUGCAGUCUGUUACAUUUAAUUUUUUUUUUUUUUUUGUUUGUAUGGAUAUUUUAAAAAUUAUGAAUGAAAUAGGAAAUNACUUGUGAUAUUCCUUCUAGUUUCUUUAUAAAUAGAAAAACGGAAAAAUGCAGUCUGUUACAUUUAAUUUUUUUUUUUUUUUUUUUUCAUUGUUAUUGAGUUGGAAAUAAUUCUGAAGAGAUGAAAUUUGUAUUGAAUAUUAUUGUAUUUGCCUUUUUUAGAAGUAGUUCCAUAUUUAAAUAAUUCUGGUCAAUUUUGAGAUAGAUAUGAUAUAGAUAGCCAUUUGAAAUUUUCAGUUUUUUUUUUUUUGUUUGUAUGGAUAUUUUAAAAAUUAUGAAUGAAAUAGGAAAUUUUGUCUGUAAAUAAAAUAAUAUAAAUAAAUAAAUAUUAUUUUUAGGUUCUAAUUAUAGAAAGGAAUGUAUUGGUUUUACUGUUAUGUGCUUAUUUACAAUUUUUCUACCAGAAAUUUUGUUCUUAUCUUUGAGAGUAACAUCUUAUUUUUACAAUUUCUAACGAAAUGAUCAUGGUUUUUGUAUUAAUUCAUUUAAUCUUAUAUAUAUCAAAGGUUCAUAACCUUUUUUGACUCGGGGCAACUUAAAGUAUAUUUAAAAAUCUGAUAGCGCCCUGUAGUAUUAUAAUAGUGUAUUAUACAUUUAUAUUUAUAUCUUGUUUCUUAGUUAGGUAUAAACAAACUUAUACAAAUACAGGGGUGGAUCUAGGAAAUAGAUAAGGGAGAAGGUUAAACAAAUUUCACUAUUUGUAUGCUUUAAAAAUGUAUUUUUGAUAUAAGUUAUAAUUUAUAUAUUUAUAAUAUAAUAUGAGUCAUAUUUUUAAUACCUGCACAUUGGAGGGAGAGGCUUUAAUCCCCGUAGUCCUUGUUUCUGCCAUUGUACACAAAUAUUAUAUUUUAUAAAAAUAAAGCUACAGGUAUUUGGCUUUGUUGUAAAUGAAUGGAAACAUGAUCCUUUAUAAUAGUUUUAUGUAGAGAACACCUAGUAUGAAAGAAUUAAAAUAGUUUUUAUAUAAUCUGUGUUAGUACGUUAUAUAUUAACCUUCAAAACUUCUCAAUUGUAGAAAAAAUAAAGUAGUUUGAAAUUAAUUGGACUAAAUACAUAUUAGAAGUAUAAUCUUAAAAUUAUAAAAAAUAUGCAAAUUAAUUGUUUAGUUUUAUUUUAAAAGUAAAUUAAAAUAUUUUAUUUUAUUUUUAUAUGUAUUAUUUGAAAGCACGUUUUAAAAUGCAAUGUUAAAUCAUGUAUGUAUUUAUAGAUAUCCUGAUAAAGUAAAAAUAAAUUAUCAUAUUUUCUAUUAAAUAUUAUUUGUUUCUAAAUCUCUAGUUAAUACAUACUUUUGUUUUGCAUAUUAACUAUUUAAAUGUAAUCUGGCAUUAGUAAAAAUAUUAUUUCCAAUUAUCUACAUGAUUAUUAAAAUGAUAAUUUUGUAUUCAUAUCAUUAUUAAAUCCUAAUAUACAAUCAUUAGCUAUUAUAAAUAAUCUUAUAAAUGUAAAUGAAGUACAGACAUUAUUUAUAAUUACAUUAUAAAAUGUCUUAAUUUAAUUUAUUUCUUCAUUCUUACAUAAAAAUAAAUAUUGUAAUAAUUGAUAUUUCUCUACACUUUAUUCCUGGUAACUGUAGACAUUCCCCAUUUCUUCAUAUUUAUUAUACUCUACAUGCCCUAGUAUCUCCUCUCUCUUCAGUAACUACCAGCCCUUUUUGAUUUAGAUUACCUUUUACAUGACUUAUAAUUUUCAUAAAUCAGCAUAUUAUAAUUUGGUAUUAAAUUAAAACUUUUAUUUUAUUUAUUUUAGUAACUUUAAUGCUGAUAAUGAGAGUUUGAACAAUGGUAUGAGUAACUCUAUGGGAAGAGGUAAUAGCAGACCUAGAGGAACUUCAGGCCGUGGCCGAGGAUCAAGACAUGAUUUUUACAACAACGGUUAGUACAUGAUAUUAUGCAUCAAUGAAGCUACUAAUUAAAUUAUUAUAAUAAUGUCAGUUUUAAUAUAAGAAAAUAUAUAUAUUUCUUUUUCUAUUUACAGGUAAUAAUAAUAGAACUCAACAUCAGGAUGGUGGUGAUGAUAGACUACCACCUACUCAACGUUCUAACCAAUAUCAAUACAACCGAUCAAUUGGUCAACCAAGUAUGAAUAGAGGAGAACGUCGUGGUGGAGGCCCAGGUAGUAAUACCUCAGCUCCCAGGGGUAAUAGAGGUGGUGGAAAUAGACGAACUGAUGAAAGAAGGAGAACAGCUGAUGAUGAACAUACAAUACUUGACAAUGCUCAAGAUAGUGGUGAUCGAGGUAUAUAAUAAAAUGAGUUCAUUAUUUUUUAUGUGCUUUUGUUUGUUUGUUCUGUUUGAUUGAUUAUUUUUAAAAGUUUAGUAUAUAAUAUUCUAAUGUUGGAUAAAUAAAUAAAAUAAUGCAAGUAGAAUAUAAAAAUUAGGGUUUAACAUUAAUUAGUAGAUUCAAAUUUUAUUUUUGCACUUGGUGAUUGGUAAGAUAUAAACAUUUUUAUGGGAAAAUAAUAAUACAAUUUAGUGUAACUAUUAAAAUUUUAAUUUUUCGAUAAAUAACAUACAGAAUUAGUUUUUGAUUCUGAGUGGAACGAAAAAAUUAUUGGUUUUAAAAUAAUGUUCAUUUUUUCUUUGAAUAACUUACUUUUCUAUCAGAAAUUUUGCUCUGAUUUUUAAGUAUUGCGGUUUUUUUUCUGAAAGGAAAUUUGACUGGGGUUCUUUUUUUCCUAUUAAAUAGGGAAAACCAAGAAAAAAUUUAUGAAUUCUUGAUUUUUUUAAAUCCUAAAUAUUACUGCUAUUUUCAAAACCAGAAUUUGUAUAACCAGAAUCGUUUCACCACACCUUCGAUUUUCUUAAUUUCAAAUACCGAAUUCGUACAAAAAUUAAACUUCUCAGUUCUCUGGAAUUAAAUAUGAAUGUAUAAAAUGGGAUAUUUUACCAAUGUUAAUUGUAAUUAUUAUACAAUCUGUGCACACUUCACACUUGGAUCUGCCAGUGCAAUUAUAUUGAAUAUGAAACAUCAAUUAUAUGAGUAGUUUGUAAAAUACUAGUAAUUAUUUGUUGAUUAUGAAUAGUUAGAAAUAGAUUCACAUUUUGCUUGGUUUGAUAUUUGAGAUUAUUUUGUAUUGUUUAUUAUUUAAUUAUAAUAUUUGGUAUUAAACAAUUUAUAUAUCAAGUUAAAUAUUAUAUUUAAAACUUAACAUUUAUGGAUAUGUUUACAUAAUUUAUAUUUGUGUAUUAUUAAAUUUAAUAUAAUAAUUACUUUCUAAUUUAAAUUACUUAUAUAUAUAUAUAUAUAUAUAUAUAUAUUUAUUUGCCUGUUGUUGAACAAAAAUUUAUUAGCUCUAUAAUUUAAUUAUUUAAAUUGUGAUAAAUACCAUGUCAAUAAUAAAAAUAUAUUUGAAUGAAGUAUUUUAAUUAUAAGAUUUUGAAAUUUUGAUAUUAAAUAAUUAUCUAAAUAUUAAUAUUAUCAAUGAAUUUAUAAUAUUAAAAAACUUAACUAAACUUUAUUAUUUCAACUUAAUAAACGAGAAAUCGUAAAUCUAUAUUCUUUUUCAGUUUUACGUUAUUUUUAAAUUUUUUUUUGUUAUAUAUAUAUAUAUAUAUAUAUAAAUUUAUUAAUACUACUUUCUUCAACAUUAUAUCAUUACUAUUUUGUUUAAUUGUCCAUUGUAAAUUUUAGAUUUUAUGUCUUUAAGGAGAACUAUUUAGUUAUGUAUGUUUUUUCCUUAUUAUUACUUAGUAUGAAAGAUUAUAAUAAAUCCCAAAGAACAUUCCUAAUUAUACAUUUUUUUUUUUCUAUAGAAAGAAAUAUUUUUAAAAUAUCUCAUUCUAAAAAGUAAAAAUUGAUAAUUUAGGGUUUUCAGGAUAAAUAUAUUGCGAACUAUAUUCAAUUUUUUAAAUUCAAAAUUAUAUCAAUUAAGGUUAGAUUUUGAAUUCAAGGUUUUAUACAUUAUUCAUGUUCUCCUUCAUUAUGCUUCUUUCUUUAUUUGUAUUUUAUUUUGCGUUAGAAUCUGUAUCUAGUGUGGAUGCCCAAGUACCAAAGUCAAAAAGCAGUCAAAAACGAAGAAAUCGGGCCAUAGCUGCUGCUCAAGGUGAAUCUUCAACCACUUCUAAACUCGGUGGUAUUACUAGUGACAAUAUUACAGAUUGUAAGUUUUGUAAAAUUUGUAAAACAAGCUUGUAUAUAUGUUUGCUCCUAAGCACGGAUUGUAAUGUUUGUUGUAUGAGUCAAAAAAGAAAAAGAACAAGUUUUUUUUUGUGGAAAUUUGUUCUAAGUGGAGUUUAUAUUCACUGGAGUUAAUACGCAUUUUAUCAUUUGCAUUAUCAGUGGUUUGUUGUGGUUUAUAUGGUUUGGGGUAUGUUUGCAUGUUUUUUUUUUUUAAUGCGUGAGUUUAUUGAAUAUAAAUUCUAGUCUUCGAAAUAGUAGUAUCCAACUUGGUAAUGAAAACAAUGUACAUAUGAACAAAAGCACAUGUAUUAAUAUUUUAUUUAACAAUUUACAAUUAACUUAUAUUUGCUUAUACAUACUAAUCAUAGACUUUUUAUACUCAUAGAAGAGCCUUUUAAAUGUUAUUAUAGCUCUGAUAUGAUGGGUGGUUUUUUGGUGACUUCAACAUAAAGACAAUAUUAUUGUUGCACAUUCUUAUCAUAUACAAUAUUGUAUUGUACAUUAUAAUUACCAUAUGUUUCAAUUUUUAUACAAUUCAUGAAUUUAUAUGUUGUGAAGACUGGUUUAUGGUAUAAGGUACCAUGAUGCUAACAGAAUAUUUAUAAAUAUUUAUAUUUUUCAAUUGUUUAUUAACAUGAAUGAUAAGGAAAUUAAUAUUAUAAGAAUUACUUUUACCAUAAAGAUAUAAAUAGCUUAUAAUUUAACUAAUUUGUACUUACAUUUAAAUUUUUAAUUGUUUAGGGGAUUAUGACUUUAGCAAGGAUGCUGAUUUGAGUAACCGAUCUCAGUCAAACCCAGCCAAUAAUGGAAAUGCUAAUAAUGCUAACGCAAGUAAUGGAAACAACAAACCCGCUAAAGGUCAAAGAGCUAAAGGUCAACAAAGCAAGUCUCCAGCAAAGAACAAGUCUAAUAGCACUGCAGCAGCGGCUAAUGGACAGCAGGUUGUAGUAAAUGGCUCGUCCUCUGCACCUGAUGCAGAUUCUCCUUAAACUUGUAUAACCUAUUACAAUAACAUCUUGAAGAAACAUAAAAUUAAUUUUUGUUUCUAAAAAAAAAAUAUAUAUAAAAGGAAUAUCUGUAUGGUAUUAUAAGAUUUCAAACCAUAAAUAUUUUAAAAAAACUUAUUAACAACAGUAGGGUCUAAAAAUGCGUGGAGAAAUGUAUUUUGUAUUAGAAUUCUUUUCUGCACUUCUAGGUAUUUUUUAAUUUUUAUUUUCUCAAUUAUAUAUAUUUAUAUAUAUAUAUAUAUGUAUAUAUAAUAAUAAAAAUAAUAAUAAUAAUAUUAAAAAUAAAAAAAAAUUUAUUUAAAAUUUGCUUUCUGGAAUGCGUGACAAAAUAAUAAGUUAUAAUAACAAAUUAAGGGUUUUUUUUUUUUUUUAGAAAACCUCAAUGUUGAAUUAUAUAAGUAUUAGAAAAAAAAAUGCAUAAAUAAAAUUACUUUGUUGUCACAUAUAGUAAAUGGGCUUUAAAAAUUAUUCUCUAACAGAAUUAAAUUAAAAAAGAAAAAUAUUAUAUAUAUUAUAUUUUUUAUUAACAGUGUGUUCUUAUUUGGUUUGGAAUUCUAAUUUUAAAAACGAUUUCCUCAAUAAUGAUUUUUGUUAUGUAUAUUCAUUACUAUGUCAUGUCCUUAUUAUUCGUAGAUAUUUUAUGAUACUAUUUUCUUAUAACCUAAAUAAAAAUUUAAAAUAAUGUUUAAUAUUUUUAUUUUACAAAAGAAAUUUUCCUUAUUUUUUUUUUUUAUUUAUUUAUUAUGUAUUAUAAUGAUAACAAUAAUUAAUAAUGAAUUUAUUUAUACUUAAAUCAGAAAUAUAGGGAAUUGGAAUUUACAUGGCAGAAGUUGAAAAGUAUAAUGUCAAAAACAUGUGUACGCAAAAUAAAGUGAAAAAAAAAAAUAAAAUUUAAUUUAAAAGAAACAGUCAUGAGCAUAUUUUUUUUUACACUGUCCUCUAUUAUGCAAAUAUCCAUUUAUUUUGCGUACACUUAUCAAAUCCAAUAGUUUGUUUAUUACUAUAGGUAUUUAUUUAUUAUUAUUUUUAAAAACUAAUAUUAAUAGUUUCUAUAAUGAUUUAAUUAAUAAUAUUUAUAGCAUUUUUUAAUGUAUGAAUUUAAUAGGGUGCGCAGUUAAAAUUAAAUUGGUCAUUUGGACUAUAAUUUAUUCAGUCGUUGCACACGAUUGUCAUGUCUUUACUAAAUUUUGUCAAGCUAUAUAUGUAAGAGAGACAAUUUUUUUUGAUUGUGUCUGAAUUUGUGAAACUUAUCUGCGAGUAGAAGAUCACUCAAUAUGUCUUUAAAUGUCUAAUUAUUAUAUCUCACUAAGUGAACGAUCGAGUAAUUCUGGCACCUUGUUUAGUGGAUUUUGCUGUGGUCGCCCAGCAUUAUUAAAAAUAUUGUGACUUUUUCAUUGAUGUAUACAUAUACAAUAAAUUACUAUUAUUAUAUAUGUAUUCACGAUACGAUCAUUUUAAAUUAUACAUGCCUAUUUCUUAUGUAUGUUUAUAAAUGUAUUUAUAUAAUAUUAUGCAUGUAUACAACUAUAUUAUAUAAUAUGUAUGUAUAUACACAUAUAAUUAUAUAAGUUAUUAAAGGUAAUACAUCCUCAUAAUAUACUAUUAGUUAUAUAGUAUAAUUUAAUGAAAUACAUU